AUGCAAGAUAACAACACUUCCAACGGUGCCAAAACACCAUCCAGACAUAGCAUCGGCUCCUGGCAUGAUGACUGGAGUGAGGAAAUGAAACAACACGUUGACUAUGAGUAUCUGCGGCGGGGCCUCAGAGAACCUCUGGGUAAAGGCUCGACAGUCACAGUAAAUUACUCAGGCAACCCUUUGGUCGCCACCAGCAUUGAACUUACAGGAGUGACUCAUUCCAGUCAGCAUCAGCAGACAGAGCUGUGCGCAUCUGCAGCUGAAUCCAUCGCUAAAUCCAAGCACACCAUUUCCAAAAUCAUCCGGCAUAUGCAUCGCAUCGAGCACGACCUUUGCCUGACUCAGAGGGAGCUGAUCCGGGCUGCAGAUGAGGAAUCUCGCACCGUGAAUGCCACAGAGGGCAUCAACAAAAUGUUUGAGGACCUUCUGCUGCAGCGAAAAAAAAAUCAAUGGACAAAUUGAUAAUGCAGUAGAUGCUGCGACUCGUCUUGAGCGCAUCAUUGCCUCAUUGUCAGAGCCCAAAGCAAAGGCAGUCCAUCAAAAAGCCAAAAUUUAAGAUUCAUUUUAAGUUU